GCGCGGCGCCGUCUCCUCAGCGACCAUGGCGCUGAACGCGGGUGCGGAGCCGGCCCCGGCCGCGGCGGAGCUGGAGGCCCGACGGGAGCGGCAGGAGUGGGUCAGCCGCGCUAUGGGGCAGCUGCUGCUGCGGGGCUACCGGAUGCUCGGCCGGUGCUGCCCCCACUGCGGGACCAUCCUGCUGCAGGACAAGGACCAGAAGCUUCACUGUGUGACCUGCCAGGACCUGGACUGCGACGGCAGCUCCGCACCGGAGCCCUCAGCCGCCUCCCCCCCGCGCCCCCCGGCUCCCCCCCGGCCCGAGCACUGCGAGGGGGCUGCAGCCGGGUUACGGGGAGCCCCCCCCGGCCCCCCCGAGGCUGUGGCAUUGGCACAUGCGGCUGUACUGGACAAACUGGGCUGGGCCGCACGGGAGCUGCCCCGAACCACAUCCACCGAGGCCAGCACCCAGCUCUGUGCACUGGUGCGGGCCUGUGCCGAGGCACUGGGGGGGCUGCGGGCGCUCGGCCCCCCCGCCGGCCCCCCAUAAACACUGAGCACUGAGGCUGA